GGAAAAUAUCUUGUCUGUCUCACGGUUGGCUGCAGCUACGGGUCGGUAGUGGUCGGUGAAUGCAUGGUUUCCACCGAUACAGCCCGACUUGUAUCCGCAAAACGGGUAACGUCGGCUGUCGAGACGGCUUUUUAGGCUUUAUGUUUCAGAGCUAGCUCAUUUUUUGAAGUAGCACAACCAUGGGUGUGGAAGUCGAGACAAUAUCUCCCGGUGAUGCCCCUCACCCUGGAAAAAGAAGCCUCCUGGCUAAAGUUUCAACAUGACGGUGAGACCAACACACUCAUAUCUGACUUCAGUAUGUCUGCUGGCAUAAGAUAGGAAGAACAUUUCCAAAGAAGGGCCAGACAUGUGUUGUUCAUUACAUAGGUAUGCUGCAGAAUGGGAAGAAGUUUGACUCCUCUCGAGACAGGAACAAGCCCUUUAAGUUCAAGAUCGGACGGAUGGAGGUCAUUAAGGGCUGGGAGGAAGGAGUAGCACAGAUGAGCCUGGGCCAGAGGGCAAAAAUCACCUGCACACCAGAUAUGGCUUAUGGAGUGACAGGCCACCCCGGGGUCAUCCCCCCGAACGCCACUCUUAUAUUCGAUGUGGAACUGCUCAAGCUGGAGUGAUGCCUGGGGUUUAAUGUGAAGGUUGAAGGUUAAUGAGGCUGCCUUCGCCACAACCUGUUUCCACAGGGAGACCAUACUCGGCUGCUGCCUCCCACCAUCCACCUGCUCUUCUUCUUUUUUUGAUUUCUACAGUCUUCUUUUGUUCAAUAUUUAAACAUACCUACUGCUGCUUUGUUGCCAUUUUGUCAUAAUAGAUACUGCAAGAAAAUGUCCACAUCACGCAAGACUUUUUCACACACACCGCGGUUUAGUUUCUGUUUGUUAGUCAGAGAUGCUAUUUUAUUGAAUUACAUUUAAAGUUGUACAUUUUGUUGAACCAUGAGGAAAUCUGAUUAAAAGCCGUGCUACAUUACAAUCAAAACAUAUACUGCCUUACAGUUUCAACAACAGAGGAAGGGUACGUAUGUUGAAAGUACAUAACUUCUGCUCUGUAUCUUAACUGGGCAUUACAUACCACUGUCUGCAUUGCCACUUUGAUGAAGAUUUGUCCUGCUGAAUGCUCUGAAUGAUGUUGCUAUGUUUAGUAUAUUUUAUAUCCCUCAUACACAUUUACUGCAAGUGUACCCUAUCCAAUCUAACCCAAUACAAUACUGUACAGAACUCUGCAAGAGCCAUUGCUACUAAGACAGUUUAUCGACCAACUCUUGAAUAAAAAUGGCAUGCACUGUCUGUGUUGACAAA